GGGGGAGAGAAAGCCAGCCAAAGCCCUGGCUCAUGUUAGAGCCUGCGAACCCUGUCUACAAAAAUGACAGCUAGAGCCCUCUGGCUUCUCUGUUUGAUCGUGGGAUCAUCCCCCGAAGCCCCGGUGGCGGAGAGAAAAGCAUCGCCGCCACACAACAGAAAGCCCGACCCCAGCGGCGGCGCGAGCGCGGAGGAGACUCCCGGACCCCAGGUGCAGCAGGUCCCGGAGGCCCCGCGACGGCCGCGCGCGGCGGACGCCACCCCGCGCGCCUGGCCGGAUCCGCGGCGCCGGAAGCCCCCGCCGUCAGCCGAGAACCGGGCGGGCUUCCGGGAGGCCGCGCGCGCGCCUGCCGGGCCGCCGGGGCCGCGCCUCGGGCAGGCAGAGAACCGCGCAUCGCCGCGCCGCGCGCCCGAGGAUUCCCCGCGCACCCGCGCCCGCGCCCGCUCCCUGCGCUUCCCGGCCGCGCGCGCAGCCGAGAACCCCGUUGGCCCCACCCACCCCAACAGGCCGCGCGCCGCCGCCCCGCCCCCCGGGCCCGCGCCCGCGCCGCCGCCGCCGCCGCUGCCGCCGAGGGAAGCGGAACCCGGCGCCGAGUCCUGCGCGCGCGCCUGCAGGGCGGACCUGGACGAGCGCGAGUCGUAUUGCGAGAGCGAAUUCGCAGCCGUGAACGGGAUCGUGCAUGAUGUGGACGUGCUCGGCACGGGGAUCCGGCUGGUGACUCUGCUGGUGGACCAGGACGGGCUGUACAAGAUGAACCGCCUGUACAUCGCUCCGGACGGGUUUUUCUUCAGGGUCCACAUAUUAGCCCUAGACUCCUCCAGUUGCAAUAAGCCAUGUCCAGAAUUUAAACCUGGCAGCAGGUAUAUUGUGAUGGGCCACAUCUACCACAAGAGACGGCAGCUCCCUACAGCUCUGCUCCAGGUUCUCAGAGGGCGCCUGCGGCCAGGAGAUGGACUGCUCAGGAGCAGCAGCAGCUAUGUGAAAAGGUUUAACCGGAAAAGGGACCGGCAAGUUCAGAGUGCAGUUCACACCCAGUGCAUUUAAAACAACCCAUCCGCCACUGAUGUUGGACAGGAGACUUGAACAAGACAUGAAAGGUCUAUCUUUAGAAAUGGGGUCUUCCUUUACAAUUUUGGCCCACCACUGCUUUAUGAACGACUUGUACAGUUCCAGCUCUACUCUUGACAUUGCCACUAUUAUUUACAAAAUGCCUCUUAAGUGAUAUCCUCGGGAGCUCAAUGGCGGUUAUUCAACUGUAGUCCCAGUCAACUGUUGUCCCAGACAGUGAUUCACGUAGCUCAGAUACCUGACCUGUCCAGUUAACAGAUCACUGCUUCAUGUUAGGUUUUUAAAUUAUUUUAAUUUAAUACAUUCUUCAGUAGAAAUAGUUCACAAAAAACAUUUCUUGAAUUUAAAUAUACAACUUUUGAAUAGUUUAUAUCAUAUAUCAAACCAAAUUUUAUAUACUCAAACCAUCACAUUUAUAACUGUACAUAACAGUAAGCACACGAGUCAGAAGACAUUUACGUAUGAAAUGUCAUUUAGAUCAAACACUAGGUCAGAGCUCAGGACAAGUAUUAAAAUUUUACAUAUGCAGAGUACUAAAGGGCUUACUUCAAGCAAAAUAGUAUUCAAAGCAAGUGUUCCUGAUGUACCAAAAUGUAAGAUAUACUAUAUUUUCAUGCCUCCCUGCUCCCAAUAACUUAUGUUUUGUGCUGAACUGACAGCUAUUCCACUGCUAAAUGUAUUUUGGGUGUAUCUGAUGUCAUUUUUCUAUUAAGACCAAGUAUCAUGUUUGUGUUUGUAAAGCAGUAAAUCUUGCCUUGAAAUCAGAUCUUGGACGCACCUGGGUUUUUUAGCCUUACUGAGCCAAAAGGUUUUGAGAAAACAAAAAUUUCAAACUUGGUCCCCAAACCCUGGAACCAAUAUUCAUCAAUGACAGCUCACAAGCAAGUGAAUUUUAAAUAUUUUCUGGAUGGCCUGAAAAAGGCUUAAUCACUAGCUAAAUUUAAUCAUGAUUUUAUAUUUGAGUUCAAUGGCAUUUUCUUUUUAGAAGAUUAAGCUGUCCUUCAGUUAACUUGAAGCAUUGUGAACAGAGACGCCAAUAUGCAUGAAGAUUCCCGCCAAAAAACAGAGAAUAGCAGCUUAUUUGGUCUCAAGGUGACAUAUUCAGGGAGUUCACAAUGUUAAUGGCCACAGAGAAGAACUACAUUAUCUAAAGGAUGUCCAAGAUGGGACACUAGAGAAUUAACAAGGAAGCAAGAAGCAAUUGCAUAAAACAAAACAUUUGAUACUUUUGCCUCAAAGAUAGGCAUAGAGGUGAAAAGAGGUUCUGACAUUCUGAGGGACUUUUGGAUAAUUUUCCCAAAAUACGUCUUACCCAAAUUUAUUAAAAAAAUUCUACCAGAAUUUCUUGGGAACAACUUCCCUAUGACAUAAACUACUGGCAAUAGAGUAAGCAGCUGAUGAAUUGUUUUCUUUAAUAUAAAAUUAACUAACUCAGUCAUAAGAUAGUGUCAGUAAAAUGUCAAAAUUUUAAUUGUCAGAAGGCUAAGCGGUGAUUUAAGGAACAUUAUGGGAAGAUUCCAAUAUAGCUAAAUAGAUAAAUUAUUAGUAGGAUGGUCAGAUGUUAAAGCAUAAGACAGAACUUAUAAGUGGGCCUAGUUUAAGAGAGAAAAAGCCCAGCAUGGUGGCUCACACUAUAAUCCCAGCUGCUCAGGAGGCUGAGAUGGAAGGAUCACAAAUUGGAGGCCAGUAUGAGCAACUUAGAAAGACACUGACUCAAACAAACACAAUAAUAAAUAAAACAGAUAAAAAUCACUUUUACAUAAACCUGAGAGUUAGGUUUUGACUUGGUUUGAUUUGAUAACACUUUAUAUGAAAAAUUUUGGAAAUACAAAAAAAAGCCAGAGCCCUGAUAUCUGUGACACUUGGAGGUCACACAGGUAACAUGUACAUCCCAGAAAAACAUGCAGGCCAGAUUUUUAGAGACUGCCUGGAUAAAAACUAAGGCCAUCAUUCAAGGAAUAGUGAGGAGCAGCUGAGGUAGAAUGGCAGAGGGCUGGGGACAUGAACAGGAGACAGUGAAGAACAGACUGGGAAUUCCAGGUUAGGCAAAAUUUAAAGUGGAAUUUCUCUUUCAAUAUUCAGUUAGGACCUUGAAUACAAUCUUUUUAAUUUGAUGGAAAAUUUUAGUGAAUUCAUUGUAGUUUCUAAUCCUCUUAUCCCAUUGAUAAGGAUUUUUCUUAGCACAUGGCUUUGUGCUCUGAAGACUGAAGAGCCCUUUGUGCCUAUGUGCACACAUAAUAGUCCCUCAUCAAUAAAAUACUCAGUUGCCUUCAAGAGUAAUUCAAUGGCGACCCUCCUCCAAAUUAAACUGUUACUUUAGAAUUCAAGGGGGAAAAAAGUACUUGUUUUUCUUUCGGUAGGGAAAGGUCUACAAGACAUGGAUUUUUUUUUCAGGGGUUACUAGUUUUUUCAAAACUAUCCUUUGAAGGUAUCAUUUGGCACUGUUCAACUUUCUCUUAAAAUUUUUUUUUUCAGGUUGACUAAGCACACAUAUGUGCAAACAUUUGAAAACUGACUUGCCACCUACAGUGCAAAAACCUCACUUGCAGGAAGUAUGUUAGAUGAAGCAGAUCUUUAUCAUUUUAAAAUAUGGCAUAUUUCUUUCAUAGAAUUUGGUUCAAACUGCAUCAAAUGGUGUGAUCUUCUGAGAAAUGUCUUUUUGGUAUAUCAUUCUAAGUAUUUAGAAGUGCCUCACACUAUUUCAAAAUAUUAACAAUACUUCAGUUGGCCUUUCCCCACUAAGUAUUUAGCAGUCAUUACUUUGCCCAUGAAGUACACAGUUCACAACUGAAGGACACAGUUCUGAGACCUCUGGGGAACAGCCUCAAUCAGAGAAGAGUGACUGCUGUAACAACAGGUAGGUCUGCUCAACUCUGUCAUACGUAGACAUUCUAAAAGG